AUGCCGCCUGCCGUGCGCCUCGGGAGCGCAUUCCCCUCGUUUUCCUGCGUCAAGCUCACAUCUUCGACUUCUAGGCUACGAUUAGCACAGUCCAGCUCCAGACAGUCAAUAUGUCUCUUCUGCUCGCUUUCCACGCUGUACAAUAACCGCCAGCCGGGCUCACGAAGGCCAUGUGUCUCCCAAUCGAUUCACCCAGGACCCCGCUCUCUCCCUCUCAGCAGCAGUAGAUACCCUUCCUCGACAAGGUCAACCACCAGCGGCACAAACUUCGACCCCCGCGCCGACCUCAAAACCGCUCUAAUCCCCCUCGACCGCUAUGCCCGCCACCCCCGUCGAGAACUUCUUGAUCUCGCCCACAAGAACCUCUCCGAGCCCCUCGGCCAAGAACACAUCCGCGUAGCCAUUAUCGCCCUGACCGACCAAUCCACAGGCCACAACCCCUCCGAAACAGCCAAGCGCCUUGUCAAGGCGCUUUUCGCUGAUCCAUUGUCGCCAGAAGCAGAAUGGGAACGGGAGUUGGAUGGGUGGGGUGUUCAAGAGGGUAGGCCAGUGCUGUUGAAUGUGGAGGGGCAACCUAGACAGGAAGAAGAGAAACCAAGGGAUAUAGAAGUCACUAUGGGGAGGUGGCUGACGCAGGUCCCGAAAAUUAAAGUGGAAUCGCCGGUUUGGAAGGAGGUUGUUGGGCAGGGAGGAUUAGAGGUGCUUAUUAUGGCGGGAAGUAAGGAGAGUUUCGGGGGGGAUGGGGCGUACUUUGAGAUAUCGGCAAAUGAGGUCGAGAAGUUGUUGAUUCCGAAUGUAGAUAUGUCGGCGAUUGACGCUUAUUGGGGCUCGCACAGGAUUGCGGUGCACUUGGCGGUGAUUGUUGGGGAGGGGAAGACCGGGAGGGAUUUUGCGUGGCGGCUGCUGCCCAGAUUUGACGGGGAGAAGUAUGAGAGGGAGCAUGGCGUCGUGGCGGCGGUUAACUUCCAAAAACCUGCUGCAAAGGACCCAGACCGUCCCGACUCGAUUCUACACAUCAACGUCGACGCCGCAACCGAAGGCCUAUCCCUCUUCCGCUCUGACAUCGCCAACGCAAAACGGUACCACACCCUCUGGUCCCAAAGCGGCGUCAGCCGCCUAUCAGACUGGCUCAAAUCCCUCAUCACAUCCCCGAAGUCUGCUGCGGGCAAGACCGUUAGACCUGCCGUCUACAACCUCAUCUCCUCUCUCCUCCACAACGCCCGCAUCAACCUGAACCACGACAAAGACUGGAUUAACGAAUCCGUCUGGAUCGGUGAACAGAUGCUCGACGCCUUGCGCGCUCCCUUCCAGUCCUGGGCGCGUGAAGCGCAUCAGGAACUGCAAGACCAGCUCGACAAUGCCUUUUCCAGCAAACAGUGGCGCCAACUGCGCUGGUGGAAUCUCUUCUGGCAUGCCGACGACGUGGGCAUGGUCACGUCCGAUCUGGUAUCCAAGCACUUCCUGCCCCGCGCAGAAAAAGAACUGAUCUACCUCGCAGGCCGAUUCCAAGAAAUCAAAAACGGCCACACCAACAAGCUCGUGCAGUAUGAUUUACCGGCAGGCAUGACCGACCCCUCUGGAACCAAAUCGAAAUGGCCCCUUCAAAUACCCUAUACCCGGUCUUACAUCCUGACCCAAAGUGUCCCUGCCCUCCAAGCCCUCGCGCAAUCUCUCGUCAUCCAAUCCGCCUCCCUUAUCGGCGCUACCUCCGCUUUGGCAGGCCUAUCCUACCUCUGGGCCGGCGGAUCCCUAGGACUGUACGAAUGUGGAGCUAUUGCGGCGCUGGGCGCGAUCGUGGCUCUGAGAAGGCUGCAGCAGAAGUGGGAUGCGGCACGGAAGUAUUGGGAAGAGGAGGUCAGGGAAGAGGGGAGGAAAGCGUUAAGGGCUGUGGAGAAGACGUUGGUGGAUGCGUUCAAGAAGGCAAAGGACGAGGACACGGAGGAGAAGAGGCAGGUGAGGGAGUUGGAGGGGAUCGAGAAGAUUAUUGAACGGGCGGAGAGGGAGUUGAAGAGGUUGAGGUGA